AAAGCCUCAUGUUCUGAGGUGAGACCAUUUCAUUUCAUGGAUGAACUCCAGAUGGGUCUUCCUCAAUUUCAACUCUCACUUGCCAUCUUGGGCUUCUUCGGUCAUCAAAAUUUACGAAAACCCAUCUCCACGAACUUCAAGAUUUGUCCUCAAUCAUGUCGAUAUAAGCCGCCUCCUUUCCCAUGGUGGGAGAGAAGGUGAUUUUUAUCUGAGUUCUUCUAUUCAUGCUUCUAUGAUCAAGAUAUCUGAAUUUUUUUGUUUGGAGAAUGGUUAUAUAUUACGCAAUGCUCUGGUCGUAUGGAAUUCUCUCCUCUCUGCUUACUCAAAACGGUGUGACAUGUUGGAUGCUCUUAAACUGUUUGAUGAAAUGCCUACGAAGGAUACAGUUUCAUGGAAUACAGUGAUGUCGGGGUUUCUAAGAAAUGGACAGUUCCAAAUGAGUUUUGAGUACUUUAAACGAAUGCAUGAAUGGGAAUUUCGGCAAUUCGAUAAAGCCACUUUGACUACCAUUUUGUCAGCUUUAGAUGGACCAGAAUUUCUUUAUAUAAAUAGGAUGAUACAUGGAUUGGUUAUUCGAAGUGGAUACGAGCUGGAAACUACGGUGGGAAAUUCUUUAAUAACAUCAUAUUUCAAAUCUGGUUGUUCAAGUUCAGCAAGACGAGUUUUCGAUGAGAUGUUUGAGAGUAAUGUUAUAACAUGGACGGCUAUGAUCUCAGGUCUUGCACAGACUGAAUUAUUUGAAGAAGGUUUCAAAUUGUUUGUGAUAAUGCGUAAUGGAACUGUGGAUCCUAAUUCUUUAACUUAUUUAAGCUCGCUCACGGCAUGUUCCGGUCUUCAGGCAUUAAAUGAAGGUCGUCAAAUUCAUGCCCUUUUAUGGAAACUAGGAAUUGAAUCAGACUUGCACCUGGAGAGUGCCCUGAUGGACAUGUACUCAAAAUGUGGUAGUAUGGAAGAUGCAUGGAGGAUUUUCGAGUCUGCAGAAGAACUUGAUGAGGUUUCCAUGACUGUUAUUCUUGUGGGAUGUGCUCAAAAUGGGCUUGAGGAAGAAGCUAUACAAAUUUUUAAAAAAAUGGUGAAGACAGGGAUAAAAGUCGACCCAAAUAUGGUUUCAGCAGUCCUUGGAGUUUUUAAUGUUGAUACUUCUCUUGGUCUAGGUAAGCAAAUACAUGCUUUAGUGGUAAAAAAGAAUUUUACUUUCAAUCCUUAUGUCAACAAUGGUCUUAUAAAUAUGUACUCCAAGUGUGGAGAGUUGAAUGUGUCAAUCAAAGUCUUCAAUGAGAUGCCUCAGAGGAACCCAAUCUCAUGGAAUUCCAUGAUUGCAGCCUUUGCUCGUCACGGGGAUGGCUUUGGAGCACUACAAUUGUAUGAAAAGAUGAAAUUUGAAGGGGUGCGGCCUACUGAUGUUACAUUUUUGUCUCUGCUUCAUGCUUGCAGUCAUGUAGGAUUAGUUGAAAAGGGUAUGGAGUUCCUGAAUGCCAUGGCUAAAGAUUAUGGGCUGAGUCCAAGAACAGAGCACUAUGCUUGUGUAGUUGACAUGUUAGGCCGGGCCGGACUUCUCAAGGAAGCUAAAAAAUUUAUCGAAGUCUUGCCAGAAAAUCCUGGUCCUCUAGUUUGGCAAGCACUGCUUGGUGCUUGUAGUUUUCAUUCUGAUUCUGAAUUGGGUAAAUAUGCUGCUGAACAAUUGGUUAUGGCUGCUCCUGACAGCCCAGCACCAUAUGUUUUGCUUGCCAAUAUAUAUUCCUCAGAAGGGAAUUGGAAAGAGAGAGCAAGGACAAUUAAGAGAAUGAAGGAGAUGGGGGUAGUAAAAGAAACAGGUAUUAGUUGGGUUGAGAUAGAAAAGAAAGUCCACAGCUUUGUUGUUUGGGACAGAUUGCAUCCACAAGCUGAGAUCAUAUAUGGGGUUUUAGCCCAACUGUUUAGACUCAUGACAGACGAGGGAUAUGUCCCAAAUAAGAGAUUUAUUCUCUAUUGUUUGGAUCCAGAUGAAAAUAGAUAGACAAUUUUUAGUA